AUGUCGCACGAGGAAGACCUCAUCGACUACUCCGAUGAGGAGAUUGGCGCCAACGUCCCGGUGCCUGCAGCCGGCGCUGCUGCAGGCUCCAACGGCAAGAAGGCCGACCUGUCUGCCGGCACCGACGUCGAUAAGAAGGGCAGCUACGUCGGCAUCCACUCGACUGGCUUCCGCGACUUUCUUCUGAAGCCCGAGCUUCUCCGCGCUAUCGGCGACUGUGGUUUCGAACAUCCAUCGGAGGUCCAGCAAACCUGCAUCCCUCAGGCGCUCCUCGGUGGUGACAUCAUCUGCCAGGCCAAGUCGGGUUUGGGAAAGACGGCCGUCUUUGUCCUCGCGACGCUUCAGCAGGUGGAGCCCGUCAACGGAGAGGUUUCCGUUGUCGUCAUGUGCCACACCCGCGAGCUGGCCUACCAGAUUCGCGACGAGUAUAACCGUUUCAGCAAGUACAUGCCCGACAUCAAGACUGGUGUCUUCUACGGCGGUACUCCCAUCAAGACGGACGUUGAGACACUUAGGAACAAGGACUCGUGCCCUCACAUCAUUGUCGGCACUCCUGGCCGUCUCAAGGCUCUCGUCCGUGAUAAGGCGCUCCGCCUCGGGAGCGUCCGCAUCUUCGUCCUGGACGAGUGCGACAAGAUGCUCGACCAGCCCGACAUGCGCACCGACGUCCAGGACGUGUUCCGCGCCACGCCUCAGCAGAAGCAGGUGAUGAUGUUCUCCGCCACUCUCUCGGAGACCAUCAAGCCUAUUUGCAGAAAGUUUAUGCAGAAUCCCACCGAGCACUACGUGGACGAAGAUACCAAGCUCACGCUCCACGGCCUUUUGCAGUACUAUCUCAAGCUCGAGGAAAAGGAAAAGAAUCGCAAGCUCAACGAGCUCCUCGACGACCUUCAGUUCAACCAGGUCAUCAUCUUCGUCAAGAGCACCAUCCGCGCCACGGAGCUCGACAAGCUCCUUCGCGAGUGCAACUUUCCCUCGAUCGCUGUCCACUCUGGCGUGAGCCAGGAGGAGCGAAUCAAACGGUACAAGGAGUUCAAGGAGUUCAAGAAGCGCAUCUGCGUCGCCACUGACGUGUUUGGCCGAGGCAUCGACAUCGAGCGUAUCAACCUCGCGAUCAACUACGAUCUUCCGGGCGAUGCCAACUCGUACCUCCACCGCGUGGGUCGUGCCGGUCGCUUCGGCACCAAGGGCCUUGCCAUCUCGUUUGUCAGCUCCGACCAGGACUCGGAGGUGCUCAAGGAGAUUGAGAAGCGCUUUGAGGUGGCACUUCCCGAGUUUCCUCCGGAGGGUGUCGACCCCAGCACCUACAUGGCGUCUUAG